ACCCCCCAGCUCUCACUCCCGGAAGUGAGUGUUCCCCGCUGUUUUCCGUCCGGGAAAUCUGAGUGUGGGACCCGUGUCUGGUGAGAGGAGUAUCGGCCAGCUCUAUCGCUCACUAUGUUCGGCUCAUCAAGAGCGGGCGUCCGAGGAGGACAAGACCAGUUCAACUGGGAAGAUGUGAAGACGGACAAGCAGCGAGAAAAUUACCUGGGGAACUCGCUCAUGGCUCCAGUUGGAAGAUGGCAGAAGGGAAAGGACCUGACGUGGUACGCAAAGGAGAAGGGCGGUGGGGAGAAGCUGAGCAGAGAGCAGGAGCUGGCGGCAGUGAGAGAGGCAGAAGACCAGGCCAUGAUGUCUGCACUGGGCUAUAAGACUGUGACGCGUCAGCCCAAAGGAAUCAGCAAAGAGGAGUUUGCUGAAGCCUGUAAGCGGGAAGGCGCGGAAAGAGAUGACAGGAGUGUGGACCGAGUUCUAGGCCUGGGAAGCUCAAGCGUUUCCGGCAGUCGCCUGAUGCUUUCCAAAGAAGAUAAGGAGGCUACAAAGAUGGGAUUCUCAAUCUUUACUCACCAGAAAACCGGAGACCGCCAGGACGCACCUGCGGAGAAAAGGAAGCCGGACACAGCAGAGGAAGAGAAGACGUCACGGUCCGAGAGCAAGAAAAAGGCCAAGAAAGAGAAAAAGAAGAAUAAGAAGAAAAAGGAGAAGAAGCAUAAGAAGGAGAAACGUCGGAGGGCAGAUUCCUCCUCGGAUGAAGCUGAGAGGCGGAGGCCGGCGGGCUCCCCCAGAGGCAAUUCAUCAUCCUCUCGUCACACUGGGGCCUGCAGAGCUGACAGCCAUUCAUCAGAGCACGGAGACUCGCCCAGGAUCAGGAGCACACAACGACUUGACGCCCAUUCUUCCAACGACAGCUCCCCUCGCCGGCUGCCACGGCCCCCCGCCAAGGACAGAAGCCGGGACAGGGAGGGACUCUCCCGAUCCCACAGGAGGAGGAGGUCGGAAUCCCCGCGUGGGGCCAAACGACGGCACGACACAGACUCGGACGAUUAAUGAAGGAAGCCACACACCAGGGUGGGCUGGGGCAUAAGGUACUGUGUGGUGGGCCUGACCGCGGGGAACCUUCUUCAGUGUUGAGUCCACGGCCACAAGUUUACACGGCGUGACUGUGAGAGAUUUGCUGCAAGUAUCACUAAGCAAUAUAUUGUAAUAUACACGGAGAGGAACGGGAUCCGCAUCCGGGACGUGAUCCCCUGCGCGCGUUUUUUCCUUCUGUCCGAGUAGUGCAUCGUUUAACGUAUAACACGCCUGAGUGCUGAUUCCGCAGACGUCUGGAACUGGACAGAAGAGAUCUGUGUGGGUAGCCGGUCUGUACACGAUAGACCUAAAUGCAUUUGUUUCCUCUCCCUGCAUCAUUUUUAUAUUGUGACUUGUGUGUGUGUCGUUCCUCGUCCUGUUAUGUGUCCGGUAAGGCCUGUAAUGCCGUAGUGUCAUGGCUGCGGCGCUGUCCGCACAGGAAUCUGCACGGGGAAGGGUGCACCUUCCUCAGACCGCUUUCAUCUGUCCGGUGAAUAUGUUUCCGUUUAUGUAUUAUUUUCCUGUUAUUAAAGGGAUGGAUACGUUUUAGAAA